UGGCGAUGGACGAAAUCCGCGCGCUCCAACGGGAACUGGCGGUGGCCCAGGAAGAGAAAGAAGUCUUCCUCCUGUCGGAGCGGAAUAUAAUUGACAUACUUAUCAAGCUGCAGGCGCUGCAAAAGGUGGAGCUCAUCUUCACGUCGAAUGCCAAGGCCGUGCUGACCCCCGGUCAGCUCCAGAAGGAGAUUCUCGAGCACGUGCAGUCACAUGCCGGCCGCGUGUCGUUGCAUGAGCUCCACAUCAGUAUCAACGUUGGCAUGAGCUACAUUGAAAAGUACGCCAAGGAGAUUGUGAACAACCAAAGUCAAACGAACAACGUGCACUUGGUCGGGGACGAACUGAUAUCGGACAAUUAUUUGGACACGAUCAUGGCCCAUGUGCGUGAUGGCGUGGUGCAGGACACUGGCUUUAUCACCAUCGGACAGGUGGCGCAGCAGUACGGCGUCCCUGUCGAGUUUGUGCGCGACGCCAUCCAUGCUCGCUUCGAUUCCGUCCUCACCAACGUCCACCUGAAAGACACUGUGUUGUACACCUCCUCCUACGUCCAAACGCAGCUCGAGCGACUUGGGGACGUCGCGCGUGCCCUCACACGACCCACAUUGCUGUCCGAGAUAGCCGCGUCAUCCCCUGCGUUGGACGAGCACCUUGUCGCGGCCUCGCUGGCGGACUUGAUUGCAUCACAUGCUGUGGAAGGCCAUCUUCGCGGGCGGGAGUUUGUUCCUACUGCGUUUGUCGAGUCGCAGCGUCAAACCAUCUAUGACUUCUUCAUCGCCAACAACUAUCUGCCCCAUGCCUUGGCCGCUCAGUUGCAAGUCGCCAGUCGGCCGUAUGACUUUCUCAAGAAGCGGUUCCCUGACUGCAUUGACUUGGACGACGUCGUGGUCUCUGGAGCGCUGCUCUUGCAUUUGGAAGGUGUGGUCGAAGGGCUCCAUCACGACCGCAACUCGACCUGGCUCGACGUGCGGUCAGAAUUGCCGUCGUCGGCCAUGGAUGCCAAGAAUGCCGCGAAGCUGCUGACCAAAGCUUUGGAUCGAGUGAAAGCUCAGACGAAAAUGUCACCUGUGACCUCUGUUGUUCAAAUUGGCGGGGUGUUUGCCGUGAACGCCGCCGUGUUGACGCAAACGAUGGACAAAUUCCAAGACGUUGCGAAGGUGCGCGCCUCGCACGCUGCGUAUGGAGCAUUGGAGGUUGGAUCCUCUGACUCGAAGGCGAACAAGACAAAACCUUCGACAGGCAAGGCGUCGGGUACAAAGGGCAAGGCUGCACCCCACCGCACAAUUUACCUGACGCACGACGAGCAAGUGGAGCUCAUCAUGUCGUGGUUUGACCAUUGCGAGGGCGAAGAUGAAUUUGUUGCUGCCUUGCUCGAGUCGCUGCACGACUCGGUGGAAGGUUGUUUCGCCACGGCGGCAGCCAAAGCAGAAACGACGAUCCAUCGAGGAGAUUCGUACAUUCGCCGCGAACUUACCGAAAGAUUCGAGGCCGGGUUUCACGACCGAGUUGGACACCUCGUUGUAUUUCAAAAAGCCAUCAACAAGUUGACUAUCAAACUCGCCAUGGCGACCGACGGCUCGGAAGGACUAGCAGUCAUCGAGCGAGCGAUUGUGCGGUCGACGGGGCUUGACUUGAGCGCAUGGGUGCUUCAGUACGUCAAUGAGCACCACCAGCUCGAACUGGAAGGCGUGCCGACUAUCCUUGACCCGCAUUCACCUCAACCUACCAUGACAAUAUUAUCUCCCAGCCACGAACGCAUUCUGAAGAAGCGUGUGACAUAUGCAUCAACGGUGGUCGAACUGUGGCGUGUUGCCCAAGGCGCGUCGCUGGCGGACCUCAUGCAGCAUAUCAGCCAAGUUGCGUCGGCAAUGGGCAUUCCGUCCAAGAAGCUGGAUCGGAAGAAGGAAAAGGCGAUUGUCGCCGCAUUCAAGCAGCGACUCGGGCGCUCCCUCGAGGAAUGCGUCCAAGAUGUCGAAAGCGAUUUCAACGUUAUUCUAGGGAUAGUCUGCUCGCUCGUGUUCUUCCGCGUGACGUCGAUGGCGCUACCGCUGCCUCUGUCAGCUUCCGACAUCCAGGCUGUGUAUCCAGUCCUCCGCCACGCCUUUGAAUCGUCCGGAGUUGCCGCGGACACCAUCCAGCUCGUCGACGACAUGCACCGCGCGGCGACGGAACUACAGUUGCUCCAAGAGAACCAAGUCCUCGUGCGCCGAGCGAUGGAUGUCCUGGUCACGGCGUAAUCGAUGAAGGAAUGAUGUGCUUGCUAAUUUACAGUUUGGACAACGACCGUCUGCGAGCUUGGUGGAUGUACGGUUCACGACGCCGCAGAAGAGCGGUUUGCAAGGUGACAAAACGAUCUGAUGCCGCUAAUUUCGCUGGUGAUCCGUCCACGUGACGUGCAAGAGGAGGCAUUCUUCGUUUUGGUCCGUGCCGUCGUUGAUGAACAAGUAGACUUUUUUCGUGCA